AUGUCUGCCCCGCGGAUAGCAGAGGAUACACAGGUGAGGCUGAUGGAUGCCAGGCCUCAGUUCCCUGGGGGAAAGUGGAUCGAAGCAGAUGGCUGCUUCGCCAGGGACGAAAAUGAUGGCAAGGCGAAGGAGAAGCAGGUGCCCUCGCCAGCCACAAACAAGCUUGGGCCCAGCAGAAGGGCUCCCACAAAGAAGGGUGGCGAGAAGAAGAAGGGCCGUUCUGCCAUCAACGAGGUGGUGACCCGAGAAUACACCACCAACAUUCACAAGUGCAUCCGAGGUGUGGGCUUCAAGAAGCGUGCCCCUAGGGUACUCAAAGAAAUAAGGAAAUUUGUCAUGAAGGAUAUGGGGACUCCAGAUGUGCGGAUUCAUACCAGGCUCAAUAAAGCCGUCUGGGCCAAAAGAAUAAGGAAUGUUCCAUACUGUAUCCAGGUACGUUUGUCCAGAAAACAUCAUGAGGAUGACGACUCACCAAACAAGCUCUACACAUUGGUAACUUACGUGCCUGUUACCACAUUCAAAAAUCUACAGACAGUCAAUGUGGAUGAGAACUAA